AGUCUGCAGAAGCUGAGGAAUAGAAAGUGUUUGUGAUGGGGCCAAUCCCGCAGUGAGGAGUGUCUGAGGUUCCGUUCUAAAGAGAGCUGAUCAGUGAGCUGAUGUUUCAUCCUCAGAGGAAGACUAUGGAUCCUCUCGUGUGUCUCUGUCUGCUGACCUGGUCUGCAGGAACGGCUGCUGAUCACAGUCCACCUGUCAUCAAACUGGUGGUGAUGGAAACGAGUGAUGCCAUUUUACCCUGUUCCCUCAGCACUUCCAGCAUUAAGGAAGAGCUCUUUGACUGGAAGAGAGAUCGUCAGGAGGUGUUCCUGUAUGAUAAGCGUGAUGAAUACAAUAAUGGCCGUCCAGGUCAAGACCCACAGUUCAAAGGACGGGUCUUUCAUUUUCCAGAAGCUGUGCAGUCGGGUAAUGCCUCCAUAGUUAUCAGAAACACACAGGUGUCUGACAGUGGAACCUACACCUGUGAUUUUCCUCGACAUCAGCCACAAAGACGAUCCCGCAUUGAGCUUCUUAUUGAUCCUAUCUUAAGAAACAGAUACCCUGGGGUCAAAGGUGCAGCUCCAGAGCCGUCUGUUGUGACACUUAAAACAGAUGAUGGGAUGCUACUGCAGUGUGUUGUUCGAGGUGCUUCUCCACAACCUAAAGUAGAGUGGAAGGACAGUGCUGGAAACAUCCUUCCUGCUAAAGAACCACAGGUCACAGAAAGAGGAGGAAGCUACGACGUCAUCCUACAAGCUCCUUUGACCAAGACUGACCACUUCACCUGUGUAGUUACACAGGAGGACAUCAACCAUCAGAUUUCUGCUGACAUAUAUGUUGGGCCUUUUAAUGGUGCAGCUCCAGAGCCUUCUGUCAAAGUAGUUAAAACAAAGGACGGGGAGCUGCUGCAGUGUGUUGUUCGAGGUGUUUCUCCACAACCUAAAGUAGAGUGGAAGGACAGUGCUGGAAACAUCCUUCCUGCUAAAGAACCACAGGUCACAGAAAGAGGAGGAAGCUACGACGUCAUCCUACAAGCUCCUUUGACCAAGACCGACCACUUCACCUGUGUAGUUACACAGGAGGACAUCAACCAUCAGAUUUCUGCUGACACAUAUGCUCGUAAUGACUCCACUGGAUUGGUUGUUGGUGUGUUCGUUCCCAUUAUUCUUUUGGUUGUUGGUUUUGUUCUAGUUCAAACUGAGUUGUAAGAGAGGUAAGUUUAAAUAAUGUCUUUUCAUCAACAUAGUCAUAAUGAGUAGAUAACACAACACAUUCUUGAUAUAUAUCUCAUGUUUAGAGUCUUAACAGUUGUUCAUUCUGUUGAUAUUUACUGUCUAUUUACCAAUAUUAUCAGACUGCUUGUAGUUGUUAAAGGUCCUAACUGAGCUACACAUGGCCAUUAAAAGCCUUCACUGAACUAAAGCUGCUCUUACUGGAAAUGAAUGGGAAUGUUUUGCAGCUAAAGUGAAAUAUAAUGUGACUUUGUGUUUUAUUGACAUAUUUGUGUUAUUGACAUUAUUUGGGACAACCCUGUAUUGUUUGUUUAUUUGUUAAGGUGAGUCAGAGUGUGUCAGGUACAGUUCCACACUGAACUCCACACUCAGUGUCCAGUUUAUUAGGUCCACCUAGCUAAAGCUAAUGCAGGCUAAUACAACAGUCCUGCAUAAUAAAGUGUUGCUGACUGAUGUUUGAAUUGUCUCAAAGUUCAUGUAUGUUUCUGUUGUUUGCUGAUGAUGCAUUUGGAAGCUAUCAUGUAAUCUCAGGCAGUGCUUCAUCAUUUCUAUACAAACGUUUGAAUAAAAGCUGAAAAAUGUCAAA